AUGGAUAUUGAAGGUCCUUCAUCAGUGACCCUAACAGGUUCAGGAAGCUGGUUUCAGUGGAUAUCAAUUAUCAGGAAGUACGCCGUCAACCUGGGUAUUUGGGACCUAAUUGACCCUCAACAGCCCACUAGGACAGCUAUCAACCUUCCUGAAAAGCCUAAACCUAGCGAUGUCAAGCCUGAGGCCGUGACAAUCACAGACCUUAACGACGCUCAAUUCAAGAGGCUUGAAUCCCUCCAAAACGACUAUCGGGUUGACCUUCAAACCUAUCAAAGGCAACAGAAGGCCCUGUUAAUCGUCCAACAACACAUCAUCAAGACCGUCGGUAGCUAUUACGAUAUGAUAGCUACUGAAGACAGCGUUUUAAGGCAGCUCCAGCUGCUUCAGGGUCGACUAAAGCCCACAGUCUGGGAAUUCGAAAAGAGGUCCUGA